AUGGUCAAAGUCGAUACCCGCCUCAACGUGGCCCCGGUCCCUCCGGAUGAGAUCUUCGCCCUGAACGGCGCCUACGCAGUUGAUCCUCACCCAAAGAAAGUUAGCUUGGGCGUUGGUGUUUACCGGACAGACGAUGGAAAGCCAUGGCCGCUUCCCGUCGUGCAAAAGGCCGAGAAGGAGCUGGUGGUAGACGACGACCUCUUCCGCCACGAAUACACCGCGAUCGAGGGCGAUGUGCCAUUCCUUGGAAUCGCGCGGGAUCUAAUGUUUGGAUUCGAGGGUAAACAGGGCGAAGAAGAGGCCAAGGCACGCAUUGCUUCCGUACAGACUGUUGCCGGUACCGGCGCCAAUCACCUUGGUGCUCUGUUCCUCGCUCACCACAUGAAGCCCACCAACGUCUGGCUGUCCGAUCCGUCCUGGGCCAACCACCAGACCAUCUGGGAGCUGGCCGGCGUUCCCCGCAAGUCAUACCCGUACUACCAUGCGGCAACCCGGUCCUUCGAUUUCGAGGGUAUGAUGUCCACCCUCGAGUCCGAGGCGCAGGAAGGUGAUGCUGUGCUGCUGCACGCUUGCGCGCACAACCCUACCGGUCUGGAUCCCAAUAAGGAGCAGUGGAUUGCCCUUGCUGACCUCUUUGAGCGCAAGAAGCUCUUCCCCUUCUUCGACUCGGCCUAUCAGGGCUUCGCCUCGGGCUCCGUUGAGGAGGAUGCCUGGGCUGUCCGCUAUUUCUUCAACAACAAGCCGGAUAUGGAGAUGUGUGUGGCACAGAGUUUCUCCAAGAACUUCGGCCUGUACGGCCAGCGAGUUGGUGCUUUCCACUACUGUACCAACCGUGCGUCCACUAGCAUCCGCGAUGUUGUUGUGAACAAUCUCUGCCACUUGAUCCGUGGCGAGUUCUCCAUGGGUCCCCGUGUUGGCUGCAGUAUCGUUAAGAAGGUUCUUACUAGCGAAGAGCUUACUGCCGACUGGCACCAGGAUUUGCAGGUCAUGAGUUCGCGCAUCAAGAGCAUGCGCCAGGCUCUGUACAACGAGCUGGUCCGUCUGCAAACCCCCGGCACUUGGGAGCACAUCAUCCAGCAGAACGGCAUGUUCUCCUACACCGGCCUUACCCCCAAGCAAGUCAACGCUCUGAAGGAGAAGUACCACAUCUACCUGCUCGUUUCAGGCCGAGCAUCCAUCAGCGGCCUGAGCGAGAAGAAUGUUGCCUAUGUUGCACAGGCUAUUGACGACGUUGUUCGCAAUGAGAACUAA